AUGUACAGCGCGUCGCAGGUCCUCGCGCUGAGCGCGUCCGUCGCGCUGUGCGCCAUCGCCGUGCUCUACGCCGACUUGUUCGCGGCGCUCGUCCGGCCCGCCCGCCCGGCCGCGCACCUCAGCGUCGCCGAGCAGCAUCAGCUCUUGGCUUCGCUCGUGUUCUAUUCGUCGAAAUCGUCUCGUUUUACAGCCAAUCCGCUCCCUGAUCCGUCAGCUCCCCUAACCACAAUAACCCACCCGCCUCGCCUUGCCUUUUGCUGCAGCGCCGACCUCGACGUCUCUGUCCCGGCCGUUGCACUCAUGCAGCGCGUCCAGCAGACACAGCAGCAGCAGCAAGAGACGCCGCACACGACUGCGUCGCAGGACUUGCCGGUGCGCCAUCACGAGCGCAUCCACUCGCUCCAGGAGCUCCAAGAGAGUUUUGUCUAUUACUUUUCCACGGGCGCAGCUGCCGAGCAAAGUAUGAACUCGUCGUCGGCGUUCCACGAGAUUGUGGCGCUAGCGACUGCAUUGCCCGACGUCCAGCGGAAAGUGGGCGGCAAUGCGGCCACUAUGGCCGCGCGCGCGUCGGCAGAAGGAUGUACUGUGCUCCUGGGCGCGGCCAUGGGGACUUACAUGAAGCAGUACUUUGACGACACGACGAUUCAACUCGUGGGCACCAUUGGCGACGAGGCAGAACGCGAGAGGGAGGACGUGCAUUUGGUGCUCGAGUACGCGCGUGGCGACGCGUUCCGAGGCCACGUGUCGCCAAGGGCGAAUCGCUAUUACUUGAACCAUGACGUGCACAAUGCGCGACUGUCGGUGCUGGAAGACUUUGAGCAAGCACUCGAGACGUUCCAGCCGGACUUGGUCGUCUUUGGCGGCCUGCAGCUCAUGGAAGUCGAGCAAGAUGCACGUGCACGGGUCAUGCGUCUCGAAGCGCUGGCCAAGGUGUUGCAGAACUUGUACGUGGUGCACACGCCUACGCAUUAUGAGUUUGCUGCUGUGUCGGACUUUGGGCUGUUUUCCGAAACGGUGCGCUUGGUGCUGCCAUGGGUGGACUCUAUCGGCUUGAACGAACAGGAGCUGUUUAUACUGCAUCACUUUUUGGUCACGGGGAAAGAAAGGACCGCGACAACGUCUCGACCGACGAUUGCUGAGAUCAGUGCACAGUUGCAUGAUAUCAUUCAGUUUGCAAAGGAGGCGAGAACGACUGUGGAGACAAGCAGACGAGAGAAGGGGGAUGGCGAGGAGCACGAGACGGUGGCAUUAGCACAUUUAUCGCGGAUUCAUUUCCAUACGCUGCAGUUUCAUAUUGUGUGCCAGAAGAAAGAGAGUAUUUGGGAAGACCCGACUUCAUCGUUGGUGCAGAGCGCGCUUAUUAGCUCCAAGGUGGCGUGUGGCAAGCCGCCGGCUCCAGCGAGUAGUGGCGUUUCUGGCGAUGACGAUGACGAGGACAAGUCUCAGUCGAUGCGAACUAGUGCGGAAAUCGAAGUGGACCCGGAACGGGUCGAGAUGCUGCUGGCUCGCGAGCAGCUAUUGAGCAAACGCCAGGAUCUCACGGUCGUCUUGGACCCAUUUUCGCCGGUCGUCACUUGGCAAGAGGCCGACUUUCAAUGCCACUUGGUGCCGAUGCUAGCUUGUAAGAAGCCCGACCACACUGCUGGACUAGGAGACAAUAUCUCUGGCACGGGUGUGGCCUACCACCGCCUUCAGAAGAAGACGAAGACCGGCGUUGACGCUAAGUAG